UUGCAAAACCCUAACUCACCAAAUCCCACUAAAGAAGAAAAAAUGGGGAAAGUCCCGCCUUCCUUUCGUCCAGCGAUCUCGAGUUCCCUCACUAGAAAGCUCCCUUUAGAAAUCCCAACCCCAAAUCAUAUUCCCGAGAAAAUCACCAAGAAAAAACCGCCCCAACAUUCUAGGAAACCCCAAGCUUCCUCAGCAUCCGGCAAAGCCAAAACCUUAUUCAAAUCUCCCGACCUUUCAUCCGCCAAGAAGGUUUUCAACUACAUCGUUGCCACAACCAAGUCCUCCAUCGAUCUUCGUUUCCACACCCUCUUGCAAUCCUAUGCCUCAAUCUCCACCCUCCAUGACUCCAUCUCCCUUCUUCAUCACAUGGUCAAAACCCAACCAUUGUUCUCUCCCGACCGAUCAACUUACCACAUCUUGCUCUCCCAAUCUUGCAAAACACCUGAUUCCUCCUCUCCGCCUAACCAGAUAGUUAACAUGAUGGUCAAUAAUGGGCUCAAACCCAAUCAGGUCACAACCGAUAUCGCUAUUCGGUCUCUUUGCGAAGUAGGGCGCAUCGACCAUGCGGUCGAAUUGGUAAAAGAACUUUCUUUAAAGCAGUUUCCGCCUGAUACCUAUACGUUCAACUUUCUUGUUAAGAAUUUAUGCAAGUGUAGAACUUUGAGCACGGUUUACGGUUUUAUUGAUGAUAUGAAGAGAUCGUUUGAUAUAAAGCCUGAUCUUGUUACUUAUACCAUAUUGAUUGAUAAUGUUUGUAAUUCGAAGAAUUUGCGUGAGGCAAUGAGAUUGGUUGGUGUGCUUAAUGAGUCAGGGUUUAAGCCAGAUUGUUUUGUUUAUAACACCAUUAUGAAAGGGUAUUGUAUGUUGAGUAAAGGGAGUGAAGCGAUAGAGGUUUAUAAGAAAAUGAAAGAGGAAGGUGUCGAGCCUGAUCUUGUGACUUAUAAUACUUUGAUUUUCGGGUUAUCGAAAUCCGGGAGUAAAGAAGCUAGGAAGUAUUUAGAUAUUUUGGUCGAAUCGGGGCAUUUACCUGAUGCUGUUACUUACACGUCUCUGAUGAAUGGAAUGUGUAGAGAAGGGAAUGCAUUGGGUGCUGUUGUUCUGUUGAAGGAGAUGGAAAGAAAGGGCUGUACUCCAAAUUCAUGCACUUAUAAUACACUGCUUCAUGGAUUGUGCAAAUGUAGAUUGAUGGAGAAAGGAAUGGAGUUAUACGGGGCAAUGAAGUCGGCUGGUAUGAAGCUUGAGACUGCUUCUUAUGCUACUCUUGUGAGAGCGCUCUGUCGGGAGGGUAGGGUUGCAGAGGCAUAUGAUGUGUUUGACUAUGCUGUUGAGAGUAAGAGUCUAAAUGAUGUUGCUGCUUACUCAACAUUGGAGGUUACGCUCAAGUGGUUGAAGAAAGCUAGAGAACAAGGGCUAGCCGUCUAACUAGUGUGCCCUCGAAUAUCAGUCUCUCUGGUUUGUAGUUCUUAUUUGUUGCAAUUUUGACACCCCUAUUUGAUCGAUAAAAUGAGCCACUACAUUAUAUGGAAAAAUUGGCUUGUGGCAUCGUAAUUUCUGUUACUGCAAAUGCAUUCAAGAAUUAGCACAUGAGAAGCCUCUUAUGCUGUUUUCGGCUAUGUGUGCUAAUCUUUUUAAGGGUUAAGACUGUAUUAUGGAUACUGCCUCAUGCUUGUGCUCAUCCAGUACGGGUAGAUGAAAUCUAGAGGUUCAUAUGAAAGGCUUCUGUGUAAAAUGGCUGCAAGGGAAACACGUAAUUUGUCUUCUAUGUCAUCCAUGCUAAUGCUAUGUACCUUCAAUGGGAAAAUGAGUAUGCUUUUGUCUUAUUAUCCGACCAUAUGGACCACGACCAUGCAUUAACAGCCAAUAAUCAUGUUCAAAUUUUGGUUUUAUAUUUUGUGAAGCCCGUACGUGUCGCCAGGUACAAUUAAUUGAAGAACAAGGGGGAGGAAAAGAAGUGUAAAAAUAAUGGUACGACAAUUGCGGAUAUGAUGGAUUUGGU